UUUUAUUUUGAAAAGCUCGUCCGCGUCACUGCUGUGCGUCAUCAGGAAUCGACACGCGAUGCCUGCUAGCUGAGCAAACGCCGAUAAAAUGUAUUUUCUAGGAUGACGGCGGUCCGACGGGAGGAGAGAUGAGCUCAUCUGGGCCGGCCCAGCUGCUCGCGGCCUUCUGUCAUUCAAACGAGCAGAACCUGUUCCCCGUGUGGCAGCAUGGACGCGUCGGCACGUGUUUCAACCAGCUGGUCCUCGGGGCGCUGCCUCACGCCGCCAUGGCCGUCUUCAGCGCCUGCUACCUCGGCGCGGCAAGGUGCGCCCCCCUCCCGGCGCCCCCCCCCUGCGGUUGGACGCUGCGCCAGGUCUCGGCCCUCCUGGCGGCGCUGCUCUUCGGCGCCGACGCGGCGCUGGCGGGCCUCCUGCAGCGGGCCGACGUGUACCUGGACGCGCUGGCCGACGGCUGCGCCGUCCUGGCCUGGCUGGUCCACCUCGGCGCCGUCGCGGCGCUCCAGAGGACGGCGUCCCGGAGAACCAGAGGGCCCCCCCUGCUGCUCCUGCCGGUCCUUCUGUCCGUGCCGAACCUGGCCGUCACUCUGGUGACCUUCUGCCACGACCGGGAGGGCUUGAACCCGGCGGAGCCUCUGGAAUUCUCCCGCUUCGUGCUCGCCUCGGCCCGGGCGCUCCCCCUCCUGGUUUACCUCCUGGCUUUCGCGUUCCCCUGCGUCGGCGAUGCCGGCUACGCUUUGAGCGCCGACGACCCCGGCGGCGCCCGGCCCGACACGGGCGCCAUGGUGGCCGAGGACGGCAGCGGCUGCGUCUCUCGGCUCCUCUUCCUCUGGUUGACGCCGCUCCUCGGGCGCGGGCGGCGGGGGGAGCUGGACCGCCCGGCCGACGUCUACCACCUCCCCCGGACCCUCCGAACCGCCGUGGUGUGCCGGCACUUCCACCAGUGCUGGGAAGCCUGCCGGCGAGGCGCGGCGACGGCCCCAGACGGGCGGGACCAGUGGCCCCGGCCGGUCAGCAGGAACCUCCUGAGCGGCACCUGGAGCUCGCGCUGCCAGGAGGAGGCGCCGGCGCUGGAGGGGGACGUGGGCCUGCUGAGGGUGCUGCACAGGGCCUUCGGCCCGCGCUACUACGCGCUCGGCGCGCUGAAGGCGGCGGUGAACAUGCUGGGCUUCGCGGGCCCGCUGCUCCUCAGCAGUCUGGUGAACUUCGUGGAGGACGCGGCGGCGCCGGUCAGCCGGGGAGCCUGGUGCGCGCUGGGCCUCUUCGCCACCACCCUCUUGGCGUCCUUCCUCCAGAACGUCUUCGUCUUCGAGGUGUCCAAGGUGGCGCUGUCGGCGCGCGCCGCCCUGGUGUCGGCCGUUUACGGCAAAGCGCUGCGGGUCAGCGGCCGCAGCUUGGCCGGCACCGCGCUGGGGGAGGUGCUGAACCUGAUGAGCACGGACGCCGACCGCGUGGUCAACUUCUUCGGAAGUUUCCACGAGCUGUGGAGCCUUCCCUUGCAGUUCGCCGUCACCCUGUACCUGCUCUACCUGCAGGUGGGCGUGGCCUUCCUCGGAGGGCUCGCCGUGGCUCUGCUGCUGGUGCCGCUCAACAAGCUCCUCGCUUCCCGUAUCCUUAGCAACAACCAACAGAUGCUGCGGCACAAGGACAGCCGCGUUAAGAUGAUGACGGAGAUCCUCUUCGGCAUUCGCGUCAUCAAGUUCUACAACUGGGAGCCUCAUUUUGCCCGGAAGGUCGCCGGGUGCCGCGAGCGAGAGCUGCAGCACCUCAAGGCCCUCAAGUACCUGGACGCCAUGUGCGUCUACACCUGGGCCGCUCUGCCGGUGGUCGUCUCCAUCCUCACCUUCGUCACCUUUGUGCUGCUGGGACACCAGCUGACCGCGGCCAAGGUGUUCACCACGCUGGCUCUGGUGGGAAUGUUGAUCGUCCCUCUCAACGCUUUUCCGUGGGUGCUGAACGGCGUCCUGGAGGCCAAGGUGUCUCUGGAGCGGAUCCAGGGCUUCUUCAAGCUGACCAACCAGGACCUGCGGGGGCACUACGGCGUCGUGCCUCCUGAAGACGGCGAGACGGCGAUCCUGCUGAGCCAGGGGACGUUUUCCUGGCGGGGGCCCGAGGGUCCGCCCCCGGACAAAGAGGGAGGAGCUACGGGGAGCCUGCUGCUGCGCGGCCUCAAUCUGCACGUCGCCAAGGGUUCUCUGGUCGCCGUGGUGGGGAAGGUCGGCUGUGGGAAGAGCUCCUUGCUGGCUGCUCUCACCGGGGAGCUCAGCAGGCUGAGCGGAGUGGUCUACGUGGCGGGCCGAGAGGUCGGCUUCGGCCUGGCGUCCCAGGAGCCGUGGGUCCAGCACGCCUCGGUGCGCGACAACAUCCUGUUCGGCAGAGACUACGACCCCGCCUUCUACCAGGCGGUGGUGGAGGCCUGCGCCCUGUCGGACGACCUCAACGUUUUGCCGAGCGGCGACAGGACGGAGGUGGGGGAGAACGGCGUGACGCUGAGCGGGGGACAGAAGGCCCGCCUGGCCCUCGCCAGAGCGGUUUACAUGGACAAGGACAUCUACCUGCUGGACGACCCGCUGGCCGCCGUCGACGCCGACGUGGCCGAGCACCUCAUGAGGAGGUGCGUGAUGGAGCUCCUCGGGGGGAAGACCAGAAUCCUUUGCACGCACCGCGUGGAGUUUGUGCACCGAGCCGACGCCGUGGUGCUCAUGGACGACGGGAAGAUCGUCAGGACGGGCACGCCGGCAGAAAUCCUCCCGCUGGUCGAGGCGGUGCCGAAAAAACGGAAGAACGACGACAACGUGAAAGAAAGAGAUGGCGUGGAGCAGCAGGGAGGGGAGCCGGCGCCGCCCCCCGGCGUCUGCGCGGCCCACGCCCCCGACCCGCCGGGGGCGGAGCAGAAGCAGGUGGGCGGGCUGGCGUGGCGGGUGUACCGGACCUACUGGGUGGCCGUGGGCGGAGCACUGAGCGCCUCCAUCCUGAUGUCGCUGCUCCUCAUGCAAGCCUCCAGGAACGUGUCUGACUGGUGGCUUUCCCACUGGAUCUCUGAGCUGAGGAACAACGGCUCCCCCCCCACCAACGGCUCCUCCUGGGGGGCCUCCAGCUGCUCGCGCCUGCUGCUCUUCUCUCCGGGAGGGUUGAUGUCUCCUCUGUCCUCGCUGUCCCCGAGCGCUGUGACCCCCGACGUGAGCUUCUACCUGACGGUGUACGGCUCCCUCGCGGGGGCCAACACCGUCUUCACCGCCCUCAGAGCCUUCCUGUUCGCCUACGGGGCCGUCGGCGCCGCCGCCGCCAUCCACGACCGGCUUCUGGACCGGGUCCUCCAGGCCACCGCGUCCUUCUUCGACACCACGCCGACGGGCCGCGUCCUGAACCGCUUCUCCUCGGACCUGUACGCCGUGGACGACAGCCUGCCGUUCAUCCUCAACAUCCUAUUGGCCAACGCGUUCGGCCUGCUGGGCGUGCUGGUGGUGAUCGGCUACGGGCUCCCCUGGGUCCUAGUGCUCGCCCUGCCGCUGGCUCUGCUCUACCACCGCACGCAGCGCUUCUACCGCCACACGUCGCGCGAGCUGAAGCGCCUGUGCAGCGUCACGCUGUCGCCCGUCUACUCGCACUUCUCCGAGACGCUGAGCGGCCUGGGGACCAUCCGGGCCAGCGGCAGCGCGCCCAGGUUCGAGGACGAGCUCGCCAGGCGCCUGGAGCAGAACCAGCGCUGCCUGUUCCUCGCCAACGCCGCCGCGCAGUGGCUGGGCAUCCGCCUGCAGCUGAUCGGCGUCGCCGUGGUGACCGGCCUCGGGGUGCUGGCCGUCGUCCAGCACCGGUACAACUCCGUCGAUCCAGGUCUGGUGGGUCUGUCCCUGUCCUACGCCCUGUCCAUCACCUCCCUGCUGUGCGGCCUCGUGUCCAGCUUCACGCAGACGGAGAUGCAGCUGGUGAGCGUGGAGAGGACGGAGGAGUACUCCACCCGCCUGCCGACCGAGCCGCAGCACCAGAACACACAGCUGCCCCCCUCGUGGCCCCAGCGGGGGCUCCUGGAGUUCCGCGGGGCGUCCCUGUCCUACCGGGACGGCCUCCCCGACGCCCUGGACGGGGUCAGCCUGGUGGUGCGACCUGGGGAGAAGGUGGGCAUCGUGGGGCGGACGGGCUCCGGGAAGUCCACCCUGUUCCUGGCGCUGUUCCGCAUGGUGGAGCUGAACCGGGGUCAGAUCCUCCUGGACGGGCUGGACAUCAGCGCCGUGGGCCUGGCCCAGCUCAGGUCCCGGCUGGCCAUCAUCCCUCAGGACCCCUUCCUCUUCAGCGGGACCGUCAGGGAGAACCUGGACCCGUGCGGGCGACACCCGGACCGGCGGCUGCUGGAGGUGGUGGACCAGUGCCACCUGGGCCCGGUGGUCCUCAGGAUGGGGGGUCUUGAUGCUGAGGUCGGGGAGCGAGGGAAGUCCUUCUCUGUGGGACAGAGACAGCUCCUGUGUCUGGCCAGAGCUCUGCUGACCCGGGCCAAGGUCCUGUGCAUCGACGAAGCCACAGCCAGCGUGGACCCGAAGACGGACAAACUGCUGCAACAGACCAUCAGGGAGACGUUCGAGGACCAGACCGUCCUCACCAUCGCACACAGAACCAACACCAUCAUGGACUGCGACCGGGUGCUGGUGAUGCAUGCUGGGAAGGUGGAGGCGUUCGACACCCCGGCGGCCAUCUACCCAGACGGACCCGUCCCGGCUCCCCGGGCCGGCCUGUAGGAGGGGACAGGGUUUAUUUUUUUGUAUCUUGGCCACUUGCUGACUGUCUUUUACGUCGUCUGGAGCGGCGAGCGCCUUGCUCCGGGGUCGUGGGCGGCGGCGGCGGCAGGUGGAGGUUUCCUCCCUUUUUGUGCUGACGUUUCGUUUUUUUUAAAUUGGCGGUUGGAGGAGGGUGCUCCUCGCCACCGCCCCUCCCGCCGCCUUAUUCUUCAGACGUCCCCCCCGUCCUCGCCCGUCUCCGCUGCGUGGGACCGAAGCAUGUCG